UCUGUUAGAGGACGACGGUGAGGAGGGACACGUGGUUUGAUUGGUCAUAGAACAGUUGUAAUUGUGUUGUGGGAACAACUGAUUCUAUGGCUAAGACGUUCUUGGAUCUAUUAAAAUUCAAUUUGGUACGACUAUUGGUGCAUGCAUUAUAAUGAUUGAACCAAUACAACCUUUAUAAUGGAAAUUCACAAAAGUGAGUGGACAACUUUGCUUACGGCUAUAUUGUGUUUACAAGGCGACGCAGUUUCCAUUUACAAGUGAUCUUGUGUGUAUUGAAACGUGACACAGUAUGCCCCAUUGACAGAAGCUUGUCGCCCGCUUAGGGUGUAACAAAUAUCUUUGUAUAGUAGCUGCUGUUGUCAAAACAUACAUGACGUCGUUCUUGCUACCGCCCGGCUCGGGAAGAGAGUGAAAGAUAGUUUCCUGCUGUGCUCUAUCUGCAUCGAGACGUACACAAACCCGUGCAAACUGACCUGCCACAAAACUUUCUGUACAUCCAACCAGACCAGAUGCUGUACAGUCCAGGACGAAUAACCUGUCUAGAUUAUCCGCCGACUUGCAUUAAAAAAUGGCGACAUCCCAGAAUGAGAAAGUGAUGGAAUUCCUCACCUGUGUGAUCUGCCAGGAACUGUACACAGACCCCUGUACACUGAGGUGUGAUCACACAUUCUGCAGGAAAUGUGUCAUCAAGUACAUCCAAACCAGACCAGAUGCUGUACAGUCCAAGACGAUCCCCUGUGCCUUCUGUCGACAAGAUACCAAGGUCCCCCACCCCAGCCGGCCAGUGGAGGAGUGGGCGGGGCAGAUCAAACCCAGCAUCAUUAUACAGGGGCUGAUUGACACUCUCGGGGCCGAGGGAGAUGUACCAGAGACGUCAAGCACAUACUGCACGAUCUGUCAGAAAAUAGGGGAGACAACUCCAGGUGCCUUGUGGUGUCCUGAGUGUGAAGUGGCCCUCUGUGACAGAUGUGUGAAGACACACCGGAUGAGCCCUAUGUCACAGAACCAUGAUCUGUGUGACCUGUCAUCUAGGUCAAAGGGCAGGCGGAGGGUCAAGUGUUCAGAACAUAAGAGUAACAAUGUAGAGUUCCACUGUAAAGACUGUCAGAAGGCUGCUUGUCAGACAUGCUGUAUCAUCUACCACAGAGCUUGUAAAACUGUCGUCACCAUUGAGUCUAUGAAGCCAGAGAUGGAGACAGUACUGCUGGAGAAGAGAUUUGUCAUGGGUAAGAGACUGAAGGUGAGGUCGAAGAAGGUAGAGGUGAAAAACGAGAAACUACGAAAUAGUUCAAGAAUCACAGAGACAACUGUAAACAAUAUUAAAUCAAUCUGUCAAACAGCUAUAAACAAGAUUAAAGAGAAAGAAACACAACUCUUGGAUGAACUGAAUCACAUAACACAGACGUACGCCGGCCGACUCCGCUCUGGUGUGAAGCUUGACGAGAUUGAGAUGCAGAUGUACAGACAACAUUGUGAGUUCAUUGACCAGGCCUUGGUAUCGGACUGUGAGAUGGACCUGUAUGACGCGUAUCAGGCCUGGGAGUCGGGGGCUGUAGACUUGGGGGAUGUCAGGGACACAGACACAGCAGACACACGGAGAAUAGAUGACAUCAGGUUCACACCUGACACUGACAACGUCCAGCACAUCCUAGAUGACCUACAGCUGGGGAAGAUUGACGUCACAUACCAGGAUGAGGGCACAUGUCUGCCGUCUCUAGGCCUAGUUGACCAGAUAGAUGGGAGGAUGGCGGAUGAUAAGAAGCACCCCUUUCUAAGUGACGUCACAGUCCUGGUUGUAGACGGUAUACAGACAGUUGUAGUCAAUGACACGGAGAACAAGUGUGUGAAAUCUUUGUACACAAGAAACAAUCAACUAUGUCAUUGUAGACUUCCCCUGGAUAACUCUACCCAUGGUGUAACACAGUUGAAGGAGAACCAGGUGAUGGUUGCUGUCCCUUCUUCCUUACACAUUGUAGAAGUGACUCCUGACCUCGUGCUGCUCUCAACCAUCACAACAAGCAAGGAUUACUACAGUCUUGCUGUACUGAGUCCAUCAUCUCUAGCAGCAGGUGGUGUGGCCUGUGUUGACAUCCUGGACAUGGCGGGACACGUGCUGAGGUCAGUCACUAAACACAACGAUGAGACACUUUUUGACUAUCCCUGGUACAUGUGUGUCAACAACAAGGGCAACAUACUCGUGUCUGACUGGUGGAAUAAGUCUGUGACAUGUCUGACGUCAGAGGGGGGUGUUGUGUGGAGAUACGCCCCUACCGGAGACAGAGCACUCAGACCUUGUGGUAUCUCAACUACCGGCACAGGAGACAUCCUGCUUGUAGACAGGAACACCAACAAGGUGAUGCAACUGACAGAGACGGGGGAGUAUGUCAGGGAUGUCCUAAUUUCAAAAGACAACCGUGAUAUAUUCUGUGAUAAAUACGGAUUCCUCUUUCUGAGUACAAACACGGAAGUGAAAGAGUAUAUGUUAGUCUGAUAGAAAACAAAAACUGAAGGUUUAUUCCAGUGAUGUGCAUUGGGUUACUCUUGAAAUAUUUAUGUGAAAAUGGUGUGGAGAAAAUAGAUCCAGUCAAUGUAUAGAACACUCAGUAUCAAAUAAAGUCUUCACCAAAACCUG